AUGCAAUGGAGGGUAAUGCUAAUCACGGCCUUCCUCAUGUUCUCUGUCAAUUUUGGGCAUUUCAUGGCGACAGCUCCACAAUUGAAGAUGUUCGAGGACAUCAUUUGUGAAAACUACAAGAGGUCCCUCGAUCAAGAGACUCCACAUAAAAAUAUAGACUUUGGGGGCAAUAUUUGCAAAUCAGAGCCUGUACAGAGUGAGCUUACUUUUAUCAGUGGAUGGAAGAACACUCUUGAUGUCUUACCAGCUCUUGCUCUAGCCUUGCCUUAUGGCGUUCUGGCGGACGAAACUGGACGAAGGCCCUUUGUUAUCCUUUCUACAGCGGCGACAGCAUUGAGUGAAUGUUGGCCGAGAGUCCUCUGUACGGAUGCCCUGGCUCUGACUCGAAGCAGAGCUACCGCUUUAUUUCGUUUGGUCUCAUUGCCUAUUAUCGCCGAAGUGGUAGCGACUUCUAUCAGUGCAACCACCACGAAUAUUAACCCGCGGAUUCCAUUCAUGCUAGGCCCGAUUAUCGUACUUGUGGGCGCCGCAUUCAGCACCUUGGUGCCCGAAACCCUCAAUGAGUCAAAUAGAAGAUUGAUGCUGGAGGACCCUGGUGAGCGGGAAAUUGCAGGGUCCCUUCAAGCACCAUCACCAAAAGAGAGUUUUCUUCGUCUUAUCAUUAGCAAAGCAGGACAUUUCUUCUCUGUUUCUGCUUAUUCAGUAUGCAUCUACAAAGUACCACUGGAGUAUAUCCCGAGCAAGUUAUCUAAUUUCAAUUCGAGAUUGUAUGUUAUGACUCUGGUAACUUUCCUCGUGCUCGUGCCGUUAUUGUCAUCCUAUCUUAUCCGGCAAUUGCAUUACACCACUUUGAAAAAAGACCUAACUGUCUCAAGGGUCGCCGCUGUAUCUGGCAUAAUAGGUUAUUUCUUGAUAUUCAUCGCCUCUGACCCAGUACCCCUCACUAUCGGCUGUCUAUUUGUAUCACUCUCCAUGCCAUUCGUAAUUGCGAUUAUCAGCGUCGCCACUUCUUUCACUCCAACCGAACGUGUCGCGACUUUGUAUACUGCAAUGUCCGUGUCCCAAUCAAUUGGUAUCAUCAUAGCUGGGCCAACUCUCGCCGAGUUAUAUGCUGCAGGUAUACACAUAGGACUAGAGUGGUCAGAUCUUCCAUUUGCCGUUGCUGCAUCUCUUUUUGCUGUGAUUUUGGUAUCAAUUCUGUUUCUUGGGCCGGAUUCCUAA